GACGGCCGACGGGUGAUAGGCUGAUAGCCUUCACAGGCUUCAGACAGUUCAGUGCAAAGCUUCUCAGCAGAUCAGCUCAGGGCUGCCUAGACCAUUGUAGACAUACCGUCCAGUACCGACUGACGGUCGACAACACUGCAAAAUUCCAGGUACAAGCAGAGAGAAAGUAGUGAGUUUCUUUCACAUUUUAGUAACGUUAGCUAUAGCUCGGGGACGCCAGCGAGCAAACAAACAUCGAAUGGUUGCUGAAAAUGAGACGUAGACAAGCGGACGCGAGUCGGCCACCGAAGAGGCCAAUUGUGAAACGUCCUACAGAGCAAGGACCAGGGUUCGCCCAGUAUGUGAAGGUGUUCGCUGCCUGGGCCGCUCUACUGCUGCUUGACCACUUGUUUGAGCAGCGCCUGGAGUUGCUGAUUCCACUCUACUCCCUCUGGCGAUCCGUCCUCUACCUUCAUCGCGUCGAUGGAGCGGUGAUGAUUGGCCUCUUUCUCGGCGUUAGUCUGCUUGUGGACUGGAUGUGCCUAUGGUGUGUCCCCAUACACUGGCUGUUCUUUAUCGGCAGCGUCCAUAUAUGGGUCCAGAUGCUGUGGCAGGCAGACAGCGACCUGUAUGUGGCGACAAUACUUCUAUUUGUGUGUUUUGUAUACGUGGAGGCAACCAUACGCCUCCACACCUUGCCUAUUAUAAACGUAUACAGGCUGCUGGCGGCACACUGUACCGGCUCGCCGCUCAUAAUGCUUGUAUUGGAUGUCAAAGAGCUACUAAAAUUUCAUCUCAGAAAGCGUCGGAGAAAAGAGGUCGAGUCUGACAAUCGUUACCACCUACAUCUGGUGGAAGGCUCUUUACCGGCGCCUCUCAGAAUUCAAUGUAACGACUACGCCGAGUCCAGUAAAGGUGACCAGCGCAGUGCUAGCAGCGCUAGCGGCAGUAAAACGAUCAGCCUGGCCACGGCGCAGGACAUGGAAGUGCACAGUCAAACCCACAGUGGGUUCAUUCUGUGGCUGCUCCGCUUUAUAUUCCGGCACGUCUCGAGCUGGCUCGAGAGUGCUGGCAGCGGCGGUGAUAAAACUACUGCUGACGGCAGUAAUGUCGGUAGUAACAGCACUGCAGCUAGUAGUGGUGAUGGACAAAACCCUCUUAAAGACAUUGGUGCUAGUAGUAGUAGUAGUAGCAGUACUGUUUCUGGUAGUGGCAGUCACGGUGGUAGUGGUGCUUCACACGUGCCUGCAGCACGGGAUGCAUCUGCCGGCGUGCACGCAAGCAGUGCUGCUGGGAGCUCUUCCAAUACAGACAGUAUUGUACAGACACAUCGUCGCCGUCAUGACAACAGACCAGCGUCAAAUGCAGUUGGAGCGCACUCUGGUGCUCAGAGUCAUGGCAAACAGUCAAAAGCAGCCGCUCAUUCUGAGCAUAUCGAUGCAGCUACUUUGCAGGCAUCUUCACCAUCGGAAUCAGCUGCUUAUAGUAGUGAUGGUGGUGGCAGGCUGGGUUCAAUUGGAUCCUGCUCAGAACAUUCUGGAGUUACUGGAAACCGACCAGAAGGCUUGGUGACGAUUUCCGAGGAUCGCAGUUUGCAUCCAAGGACUGUUGGCAAUGUGGUAAAUGCCAAGAAAUCGGCGCCGUCACCAUCGCCGGUUGCUACUGUAGCACCUGUUGCUUCAACUCACGUGCAUCAGCAGCCUGCCUCCAGGAAAGAGUCCAGACUUCAGCAGGAUCUGAGCCAGGUCAAGGCAAAAUUCACGGCCAGCCAGCAGCGUGAAGAACGUCUUAAUGAUCAGGUGGACGAUCUGCGUGAUGGCAUGCGCAAGAUCCAGUCUGAGCUGAAGGAGACCCAGCAGGAGCUCAAGGAAUCGCGUGACGAAGCGGAGCGUGUGCGCCGACAACUGAAUCUAUCCAGCCAGACCAACAGCACACUACAGAAGGAAUGCGAGGCCAAAGCGGACCAGGUGGCGGCUGCUCGGCAGGCCCACGACACGGCCGAGAACGCCCUGAGAGACUUCACGCGCAAGGUGGCCGCCGACAGCAGCAGUAUUCACCAAGCAUGCCACGGCACACAGCAGAGCCUGCAGCGCGAGUGCGAGGCACAGACGCGCACCAUACGCCACCUUGAACAGCUGCUGGCCGCAGAGAAGGGUCGCAGUCAGCUGGUCAUGCUGGACGCGGAGAAGCUGAAGGCGGAAUGUGUGAAGAUCGAGCGGAAGCUGAGCAAUGAACACCGGGAGAAAAUGGCAGUGGUGAGCACCAAUCGUGACCUGCGUAAGGAGCUCGAUGAAAAGAGGAAUGAGUGCAGGCGUCUGGAGCAACAAGUUACAGAAGCACUGGCGGUGAUGCCCAUUCAAUCGUUCAUGGCUGAAGGCUCGGGAGAUAGAUCUGGUGGCAGAACAUCGUCAUCCUUUCUUGGUAGCAUGGAGGACUCCUGGGCAAAGUUUGGCUCCAUGAUGGUUGGCAGCGGAGAGGGGGAUGAAGAUGGUGGAACGCCCCUGGAUCUGUCUCCCUUGAAGCAGCGCCAACUUUCAGCUGCCCCACCGGCGCUACCAGACGGACAAGACGGAAAAUAGAGCGACAAAUGUCAUCAUCCGUGCUCCACUCAUGUCUUUGCAGUGGCCGCUAACGGCAGGUCAUCGUCCAUUCCUCCCACUGCAAUAGUUGUCUUGUUGUAGCCAGCAUCAACAUCUGCCUGAGCAGGCAGCAUAGCUUGUGAUGACCAUGACUGUGGCCUGUCACAGUGCGCACAUUGGAUAUCACGGCCGCCGUUCAGUAUUGUGCCAUCGUUAAUGUCUUUCCAUGUCUUGAUGCUCCCAUCCUACUAGUGGCAUGCUCUAACUCAGUAACGUUGCCUUUGUCAUCCCCGUGCCUGCCUGCUUUGCAGGUGUGCGCGGGCACUUAGCCCUUUCCCGAAAUGUCUAGUAUCGCGCAGAGCGAUGUUCCAAGCGUCUCAGACCAACCUCAAACUAGCCUGUUUCUUUACGGUAAAUUCCUAUAACACACUAUCCCACUGCAGGCCAGUAAGGACCGCGCAGACCAAUACCACGGUCGGCACAUGGUACGUAUUUGUUUUAUUAUUAUUUUUAUAAAAAAUCCUAUUCCGUCGGCCUAGGUUCGAUUCAACACCUUUCUCCUGGCAAUAUACCGCGAGUUUUAGUUUUAAGAUGUAACCCCGUCUUUGUACUCCGCCCGUACAACACAGCAAACAACAACAACACAGUUGCAUAGCCAGUGGCUGGCAAUGGCGAGUUUUAAGAUGUAACCCCUGUCCAGUGGUACCGUCCAGCUGGAAUGUGGAUAACAUGUCAGGACGACGUAGCGUCCCUGCAUGUGCA